CAUAUAAAGACUUUCGUUUUGCAGUUAUAGGGUUUUAAAAUUAGUUCUGUGCCAAAGUUUAGGAUAUUUAGUUUCAAAAUGUCAAGAUCAAAGCAAAAUGACAGGGAAACAUUAUUUCUUGAAGCGAUUGCAGCUCCAGAAAUUAACUUGAAACAAAUAAGGAAAUUGUGUUCAAGAGGAGUUGUUGAAACUUGUGGAAUACGAGCUGUUUGUUGGAGGUUGUUACUGUAUUGCCUUCCAACAAAGAGAUCUCUAUGGCAGCAAGAACUGACACGUCAGAGAUCGGAAUACAAUCAGUUUGUUCAGGAGAUAAUUGUUGAGCCCGGCCUUAAAAGAUUUAACACUGGGAAUGCUGAGUCAUCAUUUGAAGAUCAUCCAUUGAACCCAAACCCCAAAAGCGAAUGGAACUCGUACUUUAAGGAUAAUGAGCUACUUCUACAAAUUGAUAAAGAUGUCAGAAGAUUGUGCCCGGAUAUAUCAUUUUUCCAGAACGCAACCAAGUAUCCAUGUGAGGAUCUCACAUCCACUGAAAGCAAAGUUGAAACAUUGCGGAAACGCGUUGAAAGGACGGCUCUCAAUUCACAAAGUCUUACAAGGAAAAGACUGGGGAUUAGCAACCUAAUCAGCAGUAGAAAACAAGCAUCUCACGAAUACCAGGUCCUAAUGGAGGCAGGACAAGAAGCGCAUUGGGAGGUGGUGGAAAGGAUUCUGUUUAUUUAUUCCAAACUAAACCCAGGGACAUCAUAUGUACAAGGGAUGAAUGAGAUCAUAGGGCCGCUGUAUUAUACACUUGCGUCGGACCCUAACAUGGAUUGGAGAGAGCAUGCAGAAGCGGACACGUUCUUCUGCUUCACAAACCUCAUGGCUGAGAUCCGCGAUAACUUUAUUAAGUCGCUCGAUACUUCAGCAUCUGGUAUUGAGGGUUCUAUGAACAAAGCAUUAUGUCUUCUACGUGAAACAGACCCACAAGUUUGGCUGUUACUUGAAAAACAAGGAAUCAAACCUCAGUUCUUUCUAUUCAGGUGGUUAACUCUACUGUUAUCCCAAGAAUUCAACCUCCCCGAUGUAAUUCAUAUAUGGGACGUUUUGUUCUCCGAUGAACGAAGGUUUACUUUGCUUACAGCUGUGUGUUGUGCUAUGAUUGUAUUAUUACGCGAACAAUUGCUAAUCAAUGACUUUAGCCACAAUAUGAAGCUUCUACAGAACUACCCUAUGCAUAUUGGUAUCCCUACUAUAAUAGACAAAGCAAACAAAAUCAAUAAAUCAAUGAAGUAAAAAUAGAAAUUACAAUUGAAGCCAAUUUUUUUCAGGAAAAAAAUGUUAUUUUCCAUUUUUUACGAACGUUAUAGUUUCUUCAAAUUUUCCCCCCAAAAAUGUUUUGAUUUUUUGUUGAUUUUUUUAAAAAAUUACCCUCACAUAUAUAUAUACAUAGGUGCCAAACUUUAUAAAAAGCAGGGUAGGCAGGGAUAGACACACAAUCCUGUGAAACAAAUCUAACUUAUUGGUUGUAAUGUUUACUGAUUAAUGCAGUGUAGAAAUUCAGGGUUGGCCUGCCCACCCUGCCACCCCAGGUUUGACGCCUAUGCUACUAUACCUCUAUAUUGCAAUAAUCACUGAAUCAUUUGAUGUUCAAUGUAAACUAUGUAAUCUUCUCUUCAUAUUAGUUCGUGCUAUUACGUUACAUCAUGAUUAAAAACACCAGAAAACUUUGAAAUUUUAAGUUCAAUACACCAGAGACCAGA